CAUUUACAUCCCGCCCUGAAUGUAAACCAGGGCGGGAUCAGCCAGCGGUGGCAUUCAGCAUGUAGGAUUAAUCUGCAGUCUGGACAAGGAGGGGCGAACAUCUCCUGCUCUGACUGCAGCUGGGAGGGACUGCUGCGCACAACAUAAGGACUGGGCCGCCUGUGAGUACUAUGGGACGGUGUGGGGCCCACGGCAGCACAACGCUGCUCGUUGAGAAGAGUAAGAACGAUAUGUGCUUUUACUUCAGUCUCCAAAAGUCUCCAAUAACACCAGGAAAAGGCGCUAGAUUUGUUGCUUUAAAAUAAAAUGUGUGCUAGAGGGGUCUGAAUACUCACUAAAUAUAGCGACAAAGUUGCUAAAUUGGCAACACUGGCCCAUGGGAUAUAUUUUUUUUUUUUAGACCAGAGGAAAGGGUGCCUCCUACUGGCCCUCGAACACCACUUCCAGCCGCACCUGGUUUCCCGUCCAGGGACCGACCAGGACCAACCAUGGGGCAUAUGCUGCUGGCAUAGCCUUAUUGAUAUACAAUCACUAAGCCUAUUUUUACUGUGAUAGGCCUACAUUGGAAAAAUACACUUCGUAGACCUACUAGUCUAAAGUGCCCAGCAAAAAUUGUAAGAUUCAAUUGGCCUAGCAAUGACAGGCUAUUUGAUCAGCAAAAUGCAUGUCUAUAGUCGUGUGUGCUCGUGUAGUACGCUAGCAUCUAUAAGGAUUUCCAUUAGUGGUCUAAAAUUACUGUGUCCCAUGAUACAAAUUAUGGAGAGAACAGAUCCACAGAGCAGAACGAACUCAUGUUUUGAUGCAUCACACGGCGUGAAUCCAAAGAAUGAAUUUUGUAAUAACAACAUACGGACACGGGAUUCCUAUCUCCAGUUGGAAUGAGGACCGUGCGUUUUGCUGUUGGGACUUUCAUCAGUCUGAUUCUCCAAGUGGGUAUGACGCACCAGAGGACGAAUGGUGAAUAUUGCCAUGGUUGGAAGGACGCGCAAUCUACUUGGCGAGAGGGUUUCCACUGUCCCGAGCGCAAUGAUCAAAGAGAAGCGGUGAUCUGCUGCGGAGCUUGUGGGCUGCGCUACUGUUGCGCACUCAUGAGAGCAAGACUGGAUCAGGGAAACUGCAACAACCACGAGCAAGUUCAACAGCCUGGCACUUCUGAUGACAAGAAAGUUGCCAAGAGCACAGUACCUGUCUAUGUUCCCUUUGUGAUUGUGGGCUCUUUGUUUCUGGCCUUUAUCUUUCUGGGCUCCAUGGUGGCCAUGGGUGUCUGUCUGAGUCGUAAACAGGAGAUCUCCCAAAGCCCAGAAGGUGCUGCUGGUCCCCAGGGUGGGAGUGGAGAGCAGCAGCAGCAGCAGCAGGAGGCUGUACCCAUGACAGGGACGUCCUGUGGUUCCACCUCAUCUCUCUACCCUCCCAAUGCCAGCCAAGCCUGUCCAACUGGAUCCUCAUGUGUCCACCAAACCUUACAGAGGCAGGAAACUCCCACCAGCCCACAACCCUCCAUGGCUCAACCUUCUACCAUGCACCCCUCCAUGGUGUUUUCCACCCUGGUUCACCCCUCCAUGCUUCACCAUUCCAUAAUGCAUCCUUAUAUGGCUCAAAUGCCUACUUUGUAUACCUCACAAGAGGAAAGCCGUCUUCUACCAUCUCCCUGCCCGCCAUCUGGCUAUACUAAACCCAGACACACUGAAGUGAUCAUAUAAUUUGUGGCUUUGACUUUUACAGACUCCAGUGGGGAGUAUUUGGGUAUUCAAAUAUGAGUUAGCCAAAUGAAUACAAAUAUUGAGGAGAAUAAUUGCAAUUGGUCAAUGACCAAUAAUUCAAGCUUUCACAUUUUAUUUUGACUUAAUGAAUGGUAUUUAUUUGUAAACAUGCUGUAUAUGUGCUACUUUAAACAAACAUCACAAA